CUUGUUUUCUAGCUGGGGUCAUACAUAGAGGAAAGUCCAUAAUUGCUCUCUUUAAUGUUUUCCAGGUUAUUCACAGUUAAUUCUCAUGUCAACAGAAAGCUCCACUGUUACCGUUCGUCUCGUGCGCUCUUUUGAGCACCGGAAUUUCAGGCCGGUGGUGUAUCAUGGCGUUAACUUGGAUCAGACAGUAAAGGAGUUCAUCACCUUUGUGCAGAAGGAUGUGCCUUCGAGAACAGGACUCCCUCCUCCUUUUAAAAAUUACAAGUAUGAUACAAUGAAGAUUAUUCACCAAGCACACAAGUCUAAGACGAAUGAACUUGUAGUGAGCCUGGAAGAUGACGACAGACUCAUUUUGAAAGAAGAAAGCACGCUGAAGGCAGCUGGAGUAGCAAAUGAAACCGAAUUAGCAUUCUUCUGUGGGGAAGAUUACAGAAACUACAAAGCUAAUCCUGUUUCGGCCUGGUGAAGAUCCCAAGGGAUUGUUUUGUUUUCCUGUACCUGUUGUAAAUUCUCCUUAUUCUGCUUAAUGAGAUUUUUUUAAAGAUCAAUAAAUCCUAGAGGAUUGCUUUACAAACACGGUAAUUCCCUUCCUAUGGAAAUUAAUUUCUGUCAGAAUGCUAAGACUGAGAGAAGGAAAAUGG